AUGAGUACGCGUAACGAAAAACUAACUAAUCCAAUUGUUGACCAGUAUAAAUCUCUGCUAUCAAUGGAAGAAUAUAAAAAUAUUCCAAUAGUUUCGCUCGAACAAGCUGUUGAGCCAUUAGUUAGUUUAAUGCCAAUAAUUCAAACUUACGUACAACUAGUCAAACGGAAAUGUCGUAAUCCUGCGGAUGGAUUAACAUCGGAUGAAUCGGGUUCCAUAAUGCUCUAUUCAAUCAUAUGGCAGCCCGUUGAUCAAUGUCUUUAUACAGUUUUAAAUUCAAUUUUACUAUCAUUGAAUGAAAACAAACUUCAAUCAUGGAUGCUUUAUUUAAAACUUCUAUUCUCUGCUCUCAUACAUCUACCAUCAAAUCAUGCAACUGUUUAUCGAGGCAGCAAAUUAAAUUUAAGUAAAUAUUAUGAAAUGGAUGAUAUCAUUUUUUGGUGGGAUUUACCACUAUGUACAAUUUCAAUUAAAUAUCUACAAUCAGAAGAAUCUUUCGAGAAAAAAGAAGUUCGAACAACAUUUACUAUUCAUUGUAAUACAGUGAAAAACAUUCAAAAACAUUGUUAUUUUCAAUCAGAUAAUUUUCUAUUAUUUUUACCAGCUACAAAAUUUCAAGUAGUUAAAUGUUCGAAUCAAUAUGAUGAUCAUUUAUGUUUUAUAAGCCUUCGAGAAGUCGAAUCAUCAUUUCUUUUACACUCCUUGGAUGAAGCUCAAUUAAAUUUACACGAGCAAACAGCAUUGAACGUUUUUCAAAGAUGUUGGUUGAGAUUUAAAAAUUUCGGAAUUCAAUCAUCGACUGCAAAUAAUCAUUAUCAAAAUUCAGCACUUGAACAUCGAAUUAUCAAAAAUGAAAAUUCUUGGACAAUAGAUUUAGAUAGACAAAAUUUAACAGAUCGAGAUAUGAAAGUUAUUGUUAAAUAUGCAAUCGUGAGAAAUCGUUGUAAACGUAUACGUUUACGAGAUAAUCAUUUUACAUCACAUGGUAUUUCAAUUCUGUCCGAUAGUUUAUACAAUAAUACGACAUUAACAUCGUUAGAUCUUCGUAAUAAUCAAAUAUCAGAUUUGGGUGUACAAUUUUUAGCUGUAUCAAUUAUACACUCAACUAUUGAAGUUCUUAAUUUAGAAUCAAAUUGCAUUACAGCUGAUGGUGCAGUUUAUUUAGCACAAAUAAUUCAAGAUAGUCGAACUUUAACAGAAUUAUAUUUAUCGAAUAAUAAUUUAGGUGAUCGAGGAGUUCAAUAUUUAGCAAAUGCAUUAGGUGGAGAUAAAAGAAAUACUCAGGAACAAUCGAAUAAUAAUAUAUCCAUUACUAAUCAAACAACUCUUCAACAUCUUUAUCUCGGUCAAAAUGGUGUAGGAGAUGAAGGAUUAAAAUAUCUUUGUGAUAUGCUCAUGACUAAUCGGAAAUUAACGUGGUUAUGGUUAUCUGGCAAUGAAUUCAGUGAUCAAGGAGUGAAAUCAUUAUGGCAUGUACUCGCAGAUUAUGAUAUAACUCUUGAAUGGCUAUUUCUUGAUUCAAACAAAUUAAUAACGGAUUCCAGCCUUGAUGAUGUCAUGUAUAUGCUUAAACAAAAUCAUACAUUGAAAACACUUUAUAUCAAUAAUUGUAAUCUAUCGCACGAAUCGAAACUGAAACUUCUUAAAAUGAUCAAAACAAAAGUGGAUUUUGAUUUAGAAGUUUAA